CAAAUACAUCUAUGGCCAGGGUGUUCAUUUCUGAUGUGGCCAUCCCAAGAAUUGAACAGUUCUUCUUGGGUAUAUGUGUUAAAAUGCGGUCGGAUCCACAGAUGAAAAGUCAAUAGACGGGAUAGUAUUAAAUCCGUAAUAGGAAUUGAGUUGCGUGUGAAAUGUAAUUUCCUAAUACGAAUGUUAUAGUGAGAUGUGUCGAAACGAAAGAACUGAUGCUACUCUUGCGUAUGUUCGCGAUGCGGACACGUACCUUUUUUCCAUUUUUAUUUGAAUUUUUAUAAUUAGUAAGAACGGUACCUAAUUUAAAGAGAAACUUAAAGAACAAUGUAACAUUUAUAUUCUGUUUCCUCUUCUGAAAUAUGUGACAGGCGUUCUUUCCUUUGCGCAUUUUAAUCGAGAACAAUUUUCAUUAAAAGCAUUUUGUUGUAGGCCUUUCACUGAAAGAUGAAUAUUGACAUGGCUUCAUGGAAAUAAACACCAGUUCGACAGUUGAUGACUAGUUGCAGUAUGUUGUACAUAUGGAUGACCUAACAGUUUUUGGCGAUGUUUGUGUAUAUAAUUUCGUCCACAGUGAAAAAAAACUCAUUGCCAAAUAUUCCACAUUAAAUAGCGUCACAACUAAUUUUUCUUUCCGUUUCAACGCUGUAGAAAAAUAAUGAAACCAGAAGCUUGGAGGGAAGUUGCCUGCAGAUCCCGGCAGCAAGCUGAAUUGUACUUUCAGAAGCAGAAUUUUGGAAGAGCAUUUGCUCAUUUCCUUGUUGCAUUGAAACUCAAUCCUCAGUGGAAACCGGAACUCAAAGAGCAGUUUUCAUUAUGUCUAUGCUCAUGGGGCAAUAUUCUUGAAUCACAAAACCGAUACACAGAUUUAUUCAACUGUUAUGAACAGGCAUUGGAGAUAUUUGGGGACAAUGACGCUGUUUUAAAUAACCUUGGUGCUCAUUUAUACAGGUCAAAUCAUCUGAAAGAGGCAUUACACUACUUCAAAAAAGCAGUUGAUGUGAAUACAGAUAAUCUGCAAGCCCUCCGUAAUUUACAAAGUGUGAAGAAUCUGUUGGUGGAAAGAUGGCACUUUCGUAUGCUAAAUGACUCUUCACGAAACAAAGCAUACAGAGAUGCAAUCAUUAAAAAAGUCAGUCAGGGCUUUAAUUCUGUAUUGGACAUUGGUACAGGCACAGGCAUUUUGAGCUUAUUUGCUGUUGAAGGUGGGGCAAAAGAAGUAUUUUCAUGUGAUGUCUCUGAGACAAUGAUCAACAUAGCAGAAAAAGUCAUUUCAGCCAACAAUGCAAGUGGCAAAAUCCGUCUGAUAAACAAAAUGUCAACUGAUAUAAGGAUACCCGAAGAUAUUCCAAACAGGGUCUCUUUGGUGGUGACUGAGAUUGUAGAUGCUGGCUUGGUGGGAGAAGGAAUAUUGCAAACACUUUCACAUGCAUCAUCAUCACUCAUGGCCCCAGGGGCGCAAGUGAUACCCUGUGGUGCAUUCUUAAGGGUCGUGGCCAUCUCCAGCCACUACAUUGCAUCCUGUUACCGUGCUUCCAUGAGCUCAAUGGAGCCUGUGCUGAUUGCUAAAAUUGAUGGGCCCUAUGACAGUGAUGACAUAACGCAUGUACCCAGAGGAACCAGGGUACUGACGGAAGUGGCAUCGGCCUUGAACAUUGACUUCAUGAACCGAGAACAAUUAAGAAAAUUAAUACAGUGUGACAGUGUGUUCUCAUGUGCUGCAAAGUGUGUGGCUGAGGGAAAUAUUGAUGCUGCUGCUGUUUGGUUUGAACUUCAUUUGGAUGAUGACAUUGUAUUGUCAUCAGCUCCAGGCAGUAAUAGCUGCUGGGAACAGGCAAUAUUCCCUGUCAAGAGACCUUUGCACAUUUCCCCCAAUCAAAUGAUAAACUUUGAGGUCAAGCUUUCUGGAAGAAAACUGUGUGUUGACAUCAGUGUAACUGAUGAAACUGAGGUCAUACAAUCAAACAAAACUCAGGAAUUGGAGCACAAUCUAUCAGUGCAACGAGAAGAUCCACAGAAAUCAACUUCUGAAAUUCAUGAAAUGUUAAAUGCAGUGCAGUUACAGCAUGAUGGGAACAUAUAUGUUUCACAAGAGCUUGUGAAGAGUCUUAAUGAUUCUCACUGGAUAAGUGCAGUGAGAAAUGUGUGCAAGAUGACUGAAGUGGUUUGCAGCCAAAAAGUAUUAGAUAUGUCACAUUUUCCUAUGUUGGGUCUGAGUUUACUUGAAGAACAAAAAGAUAAUUCAUCUGACACAGACAGCAGUCUGGUUUGUAUAACACGAAUACCUGGUGAUGAAUUAGCAAUUAGGACAUGGGCAAAAAUUCAUGGAAUAAACAAUUCUCUCAUAAAAUGCAUACGUGAACAUGAGAUCAGUGAUUUAGAGUCAAAUGGACAAACAUUUGAUCUCAUUAUGACUCAACCCUUUGAAACAACUGGUGAGCUGAGAGAGAAAACAUUUAAUUCACUGAGCACAAUCAGGAAACUUUUGAAUAGAGAAGGCAUUCUGUUACCUAAGUCUAUUUCUGUAGACUGUAAGUUAGUACAGUCUGAAUGGAUUAAAAAGGUAUCAGGAGUACGUGAUAUCAGUUGCACAUGUGGGUAUGAUAUCGCUGAUUUCAUCAAUGAGUACCAGGUAUCUCAACAUCUUGACUUCAAUCUGGACACAACUGAAACGCAGGAUUUAAGUGAAACAGCCACAGUGUUGGAGAUGACUCUCAUUGACAAUCUGGAUGGCCUUAUUACCAAGGAUCUAACUGUUCCAGUUGUUGCAUCAGGCUGUGUAAAUGCUAUACCAUACUGGUUCAGAAUACAGUUUCUCCCAGGUGGACCAGAAUUUUCAACACUACAUAUAGGUUCUUUUGUGAAGCAAGCUGCUGUUUUGGUAGAACCGGAAUUGUGUGUAGUAAAGAACCAGAAGGUCCAUUUGACAGUGAAACAGUUUCAGAGCAUAUUACAUAUAGAGCUUGAAGAACAGUGAAAUGAAAAUAAAUAUCUUCAAUUUUUUGUAAA